UUAUUUUGGAGUUUCAUUCAGAAAGGAGGGUUGUGCGUGAUAUUUGACCACCACCAAAGGAGCAAGGGGCUACUGUGUGGGUAUCACUCUAACAGACUAUUAUCACCCACAACCCACAUCUCAAAGCUAAAUGGCGGUUUGGUGAUGUGGACCGUUGGUUACGGACUCCCUCCAUACCGCUGUCGCCUCGCCGUGCCUUCGUGAGUCCUGACGGGCCGAGACCCACCAUGGCCUCGCCGUCAACCCACUGCACAUCUGUCAGACCGUCCGCUGUGGUGCCGGUGGUCCUCGUCGUGCUCCUGAUAAUAUCGGCGACCACUGUACAUUCCUCCCAGGGCGACAAAGAACCGGUGUACCGAGACUGCGUGAAACAGUGUGUCCAAACCAACUGCACCGGAGCUCGGCUAAGGUGGUACCAGACAGCCCAGCCGCAGUAUAUGGCGCUGACAGGUUGGACUUGUCGUGAUGACUGUCGCUAUGAGUGCAUGUGGACCACAGUGGGUCUUUACCAAGCUGGGGGGUACAGGGUCCCGCAGUUCCACGGCAAGUGGCCGUUUGCUCGCUUUCUUUGCUUCGAGGAGCCGGCGUCCGCCCUCGCUUCUCUCCUCAACGGCCUGGCCUGCCUUCUCAUGCUGCUGCGCUACAGGAGCACCGUACCACGACAAAGCCCCAUGUUCCACACCAUCAACGCCUUCUCUUUGGUGUCCCUCAACGCCUGGUUCUGGUCCACAGUGUUCCACACACGGGACACCUUCCUCACUGAGAAAAUGGAUUAUUUCUGUGCUACAGCAGUAAUUCUCUACUCCAUUUAUUUAUGCUGUGUCAGAACGUUGGGUCUGAGGCAUCCGGGGGUGUCCAGCAUCGUGGGGGUGCUGCUCAUAUUGGCCUUCACGUCGCACGUUUCCUACCUGACAUUCGUCAGUUUUGACUACGGCUACAACAUGGCUGCUAACGUCACUAUCGGCAUGGUGAACCUCCUGUGGUGGCUGUGCUGGUGCUGGAGGAACAGACGUACGCUGCCCUACUGGUGGAAGUGUGGCCUGGUGGUGCUGCUGCUUCACGGUCUGGCACUGCUGGAGCUCCUCGACUUCCCACCGCUGCUCUGGGUCCUGGAUGCACACGCGGUUUGGCACCUGAGCACCAUACCUGUGCACUUCCUUUUCUACAGUUUCCUGAUUGACGACAGCCUCUACUUAUUAAACACAGAGAAGCUGGGUGUCAAAGUCGAGUAGGAGCACCGCUGCACCCUCCCCAAACAUGGAAGCCGGACUUAAACCAGACUUAAAGUAGCUCCGCCUCCCUAAAUGACCUGCAUGACACCUUCCACCUCCAUCAGGCACAAAUGUUUACAUUUUUCUUGUUUUAUUUUGUGUAUUUAUUUUUUUUAUAUGAUCAUAAUAACAUUUGCCUUAUCAUUCAUCCCAAGUGGAAAACGGUGUAAGAGAAUUUUCAAGCUUUGGGCAUGAACUCAUGAAGAUUUUUUUUUACUUUGCACGAAUGCAGUUGAAUGCAGUUUGUGCCGGCUGUCGAUAGGUGGCGACAAAUCACCUUCAGCGUGUGUUUAGGGGACAUGGGUGCCAAAAGUGGUGCCCUCAGUCCCGUGGAUUGUUCUAGAAAGAAUGAAAGGUGGGUGGGGGGGUUAUGUUUGAAGGUUUUAUUUUUAGCUGACAGUGAUAUUUCUCUUCCACCCUUUAUUUUGUGCCUCUUUUGCUGCUUUUUAAAAUCACAUCUCAAUUAUUUAAGUACAUUUUUGUCACUUUGCUCGCUUAAUUAUUUUUAAAUUUUAUGUGUUUUGACCUGGGUGGGCUGUGCGUGUUUAUCAUUUUAUUCACCUGGAAUGCCUUUUAGUGUGGAAAAACAGUGUUUGAAUGAUGAUUGAUAAUAGAUUUUGAUUUACUGCAGUAUAGCAAACACUUCAUCCUCCAUUUUACUGCUUGUAAAAUGAGCUGUAGUGAUAGCAUGAACGUUCCCACCCCACCCUGAACCCCCCCUGCUUCAUUUUUCUUUUUCCAUAUGUGCAUUUUAGGGAUGCUUGCAUGUUUUGUUUUGUUUGUGAGUCCACGGUCAAGCCUUUGUUAGCUCUGCUUGACAUUGCGGACAAUGGCCACUACAGUGUGUUGUUUUUUUGUUCUGUUGUUCGACACAUCUAGAUGGUCCCUAAACCCUUUCUGUGUGUAAAUGUACUGUACGGUUUUAAAGUACACAAUACUGUACAUCAAAUGAAUGCAGUUGAAUACA